GGUCUUCAUGUCAACGAAAACCGAAAAAAAAAAAAGGUUUGGACUGAAAAAUUGUAAAUAAAGUUUAGUCAAUAUCCUGUAACUCCCCAUAAUUUUGGUAAGAUCAUAACUUUUAUAAAUAAUAAGCUACGCAAAGAAAACGUGUCUAAAACCUUACAGGCCGUCAACAGCAUAAACCCUUUUGUGGUUUCUUGAAAAUUAACUGGAAAAAGAAGGCGCCAUGGAAGAUCAUCUUUUAGCCUCAGUGCACUCUACGGUUUUCAAAGAGUCUGAAUCCCUGGAAGGGAGAUGCACUAAAAUUCAGGGUUAUGAUUUUAAUCAAGGUGUUAAUUACUCUCUUCUUCUGAAAUCUAUGCUCUCCACGGGCUUUCAAGCUUCUAAUCUCGGAGACGCCAUUGAAGUGGUUAAUCAAAUGCUAGACUGGCGGCUUUCUGAUGAGGCUACAGCUGAAGAUUGUGACGAGGAGGAGAAGGACCCGAAUUAUAGACAUUCAGUUAGAUGCAAAGUGUUUCUGGGUUUUACUUCCAAUCUUAUUUCUUCUGGUGUUCGAGAUACGGUUCGCUAUCUUGUUCAGCACCAUAUGGUACAUGUAGUGGUCACAACUGCAGGUGGUAUCGAGGAAGAUCUCAUAAAAUGCCUUGCACCCACUUAUAAAGGAGAUUUUUCUCUACCUGGAUCUCAAUUAAGGUCAAAAGGAUUGAAUCGCAUUGGUAAUCUGUUGGUUCCCAAUGAGAACUACUGCAAAUUUGAGGAUUGGAUCAUUCCAAUUUUCGACCAAAUGUUGAAAGAACAAGUUGAAGAGAAAGUAUCCUGGACACCAUCUAAGGUCAUUGCUCGGCUGGGAAAAGAAAUUAAUGAUGAGAAUUCAUAUCUUUACUGGGCAUACAAGAACAACAUUCCAGUCUUUUGUCCAGGUUUAACUGAUGGCUCACUGGGGGAUAUGUUGUACUUCCAUUCCUUCAAGAGCCCUGGCUUGAUUAUUGAUGUCGUGCAAGAUAUCAGGGCCAUGAAUGGUGAAGCUGUUCAUGCAAGUCCAAGGAAAACAGGGAUGAUAAUUUUAGGAGGUGGUCUACCUAAGCAUCAUAUUUGCAAUGCCAAUAUGAUGCGUAAUGGUGCAGAUUAUGCUGUCUUCAUCAAUACUGCCCAAGAGUUUGAUGGUAGUGAUUCUGGAGCUCGUCCUGAUGAGGCUGUGUCAUGGGGAAAAAUUCGCAGCUCAGCUAAGACAGUGAAGGUGCAUUGUGAUGCAACUAUUGCUUUUCCUCUGCUGGUUGCUGAAACAUUUGCCUCAAGGACAAUGCAGUGUGAAGCUGCUGCCUGCUGCGCUUGUAGAAGGAAAAUAUUGAUAUUCUUGGAUGCCAGUCAUUUAAUUGCCAUAUGUUGUAACUUAUACGGAGUACUUGAAGCUUCUUAUGAAUGCCAAGCAUUUUCUUUUCACCCUCUUGACCUAACUGGAUGGAAUAAAACUAUGUGAAUGAACAAAUUAUAC